AUGGGUCACGAACCACAGCCGUCGCUGGAUGACACGGCUAAGAAGACGGCCACAACCGGCAGUGCCGAUGAGCCCGAUAAGCUGCAAGGCAUUGCAUCGGUGCCAGGUGUUGUGGACGAGGUCACCCGCGUGGUCGAUCAUAAGGCCGAACGAAGGCUGUGCCGCCGGUUCGAUGUUCGACUCUUGCCGAUUUUGGCCGUGAUGUACCUUUUCAAUGCCCUCGAUAAAGGGAAUUUGGGUAACGCCGAGACGGAGGGAAUGUCCAAAGAUCUCCAUUUCAAGGACAACCAGUAUAAUCUGCUGCUGUCCAUCUUCUUCGUCCCUUUCGUCAUCUUCGCUCCGCCCUUCUCCAUGCUCGGAAAGAAGUUCAGCCCGGCUCGUACGCUGCCCGUGUUGAUGUUCUCCUUUGGUUCUUUCACCCUGCUCUCAUCGGCCGCCCACAACUUUGGUGGCAUCUUCGCGCUGCGUUGGUUUUUGGGUAUGUCCGAGGCAGCCUUUUUCCCAUUGGUGAUCUACUACUUGACCACCUUCUAUCGUCGUGGUGAGCUUGCCCGCCGAUUGGGUAUCUUCUACGCGGCUUCCAACAUCGCCAACGCCUUUUCCGGUCUCAUUGCAUUCGGAGUCUUCCAGAUCAAGGGGUCGAGUCUGCCCAACUGGCGGUAUCUGUUUAUUAUCGAGGGUGCCGUGACAGUCAUAUUUGCCGUCUUUGCUUUCUUCUAUUUGCCGCGCAGUGCGGCCGAGGCAAGCUUCUUGAGCGAAGAAGAAAAAGCUCUCGCCUUCCACCGAAUCCAAGUCGAUUCGUCGGCGGUUGUCAACGAGAAAUUCCGACUGCGUGAAGCCCUCGGAAUCUUCAAACACUUUUCCACAUAUGUCUUUCUGUGCAUCGAAAUCUGCCUGGGUGUCCCAUUGCAAGGCGUGGCCCUCUUUAUGCCCCAAAUUGUUUCUCGACUGGGCUAUUCGACCGUGAAGACCAAUCUCUACACCGUAGCCCCGAACGUGACAGGCGCGGUGAUGCUGCUUAUUCUGGCUUUCAGCUCCGAUUUCACGAAGCUGCGUUCGCCGUUCAUUGUGCUGGGUUUCCUGCUCACUUUCUGCGGGUUCGCAAUCUACGCCUCCAUCAACGAUGUCCAGAAUAACCUGCAGCUGGCCUAUUUCGCCACAUUCAUGAUGACCUGGGGCACUUCGGCACCUUCUGUCAUGUUGAGCACUUGGUAUAACAACAACAUCGCGCAUGAAGGUCGUCGUGUACUGUUGACUAGUAUUGGUGUUCCAUUGGCCAACCUGAUGGGUCUGGUUGGCAGCAAUGUAUUCCGUCAGCAAGAUGCCCCGAAGUAUAUGCCGGCAUUGAUCACCGUUAUGGCCUUUGGAGCCACCGGUGCCUGCCUGGCUGGUCUACUGGGACUGUAUAUGUGGAUGGACAACAAGCGUCGGGAUCGUAACGAUGGAGUGACAAUCCGCGCACGCGAUAUUCCAACCGAGCGUAUGCGUGAUGGCCCAGCAUCGGCCGAGUUCCGCUGGUUCCUUUGA